AUGCGCGUCCUCGUCUUCUCUCUCACCGCGGUGGUCGCCCGGGUUUACGCGUCCGAGCACCUGUGGGAGACUCGCGAUGACUUACACUUUCCGCUUCAUGCGCGCGCUACAAACAAAGAUGGGUCUGCACCGGUUUACAAGGACCCUAGCGCCUCUAUCGAGGACCGUGUCAACGAUCUUCUUCCGCGCAUGACCGUCCAGGAGAAGGUUGCUCAGCUGAUACAAGGAGAUAUCAACGGAUGGAUGGACGUAUCCGAUCCUCUCGACGACACUCUUGCGUUCAAUCAGACAGGCCUGGAAGCGAUGAUGGCUUGGAAGGCCGGUGCUAUAUGGGGAGGAUACCUGAUGCCUUGGGAGAAGUGGGUAUACGCGCAAGAGAUUGGCCAGCGUUACCUCGUUGAAAAUACCACACUGGGCAUCCCGGCGAUCUUUCAGACAGAAGGACUGCACGGUUUCACCAACAACGGAACCAUUUGGCCUUCUCCCAUCGGCCUUGCUGCGUCUUUCAACGCUGAUCUUCUUGAGAAAGCGGCUGCUACUAUCUCAGAUGAGGCAGAGGCGUUGGGCUUCCACCAGGCCUUCGCCCCAGUCUUAGACUUAUCGCGCGAGCUCCGUUGGGGUCGUGUCGAGGAGAACUUCGGCGAAGAUCCGUACCUCACUGGCGAGAUGGGUUACGCCUUUGUAUCUGGCCUGCAGAACGGGAAGAGGCGCAACGCCAGCGACACAGCUACUGCUCGUAUGGCGGCUACUUGCAAGCAUUUUGCGAUGUUCGGUUCACCACAGGGUGGUCUCAACAUCGCACAGGUGUCUGGCGGAGAGCGCGAGAUGCGCUCCACGUAUCUGAAACCUUUUAACCGCGCUUGCAUUGAGGCUCUGUCGAUGAUGACCGCGUACUCAUCAUACGAUGGUAUUCCUGCCACAGCCAACACCCACCUUCUAAACGAAAUUCUUCGUGAAGAAUGGAAUUAUGAGAACUUCGUCACCUGCGACGCCGGUUCGCUGGAUCUGCUCUUGACUACUCACGGCACUUGCGAGACGAGAGAGUGCGCCGCGAAGGCAGGCAUCGAAGGCAUCUCCGGAGAGAUGGGAGGUGGCAGUUAUACGUUCCUGACACUACCCGAUCAAAUCUCGGCUGGCACGGUCAGCGAGGAUGUCCUCGACGAGACCGUGAAGACUAUGCUGCGUAUCAAGUUCAAGAUGGGUCUAUUUGAAGACCCUUACCCCUACGCGGACUACAAUGAGAUGCUGCGCUCAGACUCUACUCGCGAACUUCUGCACCAGAUGGAGCAGGAGAGCAUUGUUCUGCUGGAGAACCAUGGUGUUCUCCCUUUGUCGAACGACACCAAGUCCAUCGCCCUCAUCGGCCCUCAGAUGGGCCGUGUCUCAUUUGGCGACUACGUCUUCUUCAACGCCUCGAACAACGGCAUCUCCCCGCUCGAGGGCUUCCAACAGCUUCUAGACAAUAGCUCUGUGACAAUCAACUACGCACAGGGGUGCGAGCUAUGGUCCAACGAUCAAUCUGGGUUCGACGAGGCCGUAGACGCUGCUCAGAACUCUGAAGUGGCCAUCGUCGCCGUCGGCACUUGGUCUCUCGACCAGACACUGCUUUGGACUCCGGGUACAAAUGCUUCUACAGGAGAACACGUAGAUUUAUCGAGUCUUGACCUUAUCGGCGCACAACUCGACCUCGUCAAAGCCAUUCAAGCUACCGGUGUUCCUACUGUCGUCGUCCUCGUAUCAGGCAAGCCGCUUUCGGUACCGUGGAUCCAGGCCAAUGCGGAUGCGGUCAUCCAGCAGUUCUACCCCGGAGAACUGGGAGGUCUUGCUCUCGCGGAGGUCAUCAUGGGCGCUGUCAACCCAUCUGGAAGAUUGCCAGUCUCGUCCCCUCACAGCGUGGGAACAACGCCCGUCUUCUACAACUAUCUCAAAGGAAGCCGUCCCCUGGACCCAGGAUCUAUUGGUGACAACGGCACACUGGUCUUUGGUCAUCAGUACGUUCUCGACACCCCGGUUCCAGUAUGGAGCUUCGGGCAUGGCUUGAGCUACUCCGAGUUCAACUACUCUGAUAUCACCCUCACGCCUUCGUCCAUCUCACCAGCAGAGUCGUUCAACGUGACGGUGACGGUGACGGUGACGAACUCUGGCCCUCUGGACGGCGCCGAAGUCGUGCAGGUGUAUGCUACCGACGUUGUAUCUAGCGUGGUCACCCCUAACCAACAGUUGGUCGGCUUCCAAAAAGUGUUCAUCCCUGCGGGCUCUUCCGAGACAGUCUCCAUCGAGAUCCUGCCCACCUCUCUCGAGCUUUGGUCGCUGACCAACAAAUACGUUGUCGAGCCUGGCGUCUUCGUGAUCAAGGUUGGCACAAGUGACGAGGUCAUCGCCUCGGCAAACUUGACAGUGACCGCGUGA